CUAAUAUCGUUCGAAGGAAGUGGUUGUGUGGAGAUUUUGUUACAUACAAAACGAUUGAAUAGCAGAAAUGGCACGUACUAAGCAGACUGCACGUAAGUCAACAGGAGGUAAAGCUCCUAGGAAGCAACUUGCAACCAAAGCUGCACGUAAAAGUGCACCAUCUACAGGUGGAGUAAAGAAACCACAUCGUUAUAGGCCUGGUACUGUAGCGCUCAGAGAAAUCAGAAGAUAUCAAAAAUCAACUGAGUUACUGAUCAGAAAAUUACCAUUUCAACGUCUAGUUCGAGAAAUUGCACAAGAUUUCAAGACAGAUUUACGAUUCCAGAGUGCUGCAAUUGGAGCAUUGCAAGAAGCUUCUGAAGCAUAUUUGGUUGGAUUGUUUGAAGAUACAAACUUAUGUGCAAUUCAUGCUAAACGUGUUACAAUAAUGCCUAAAGAUAUUCAGUUAGCAAGACGAAUUCGUGGUGAACGUGCUUAAACAAUUAUUCAUAUCACAAAUUCUUUGAAUUUUUUCUUUUUUCAAAUUCAUGUUGUCAUAUUCUUGAAUGUCCUUACAAUCAAAUUCAUUGUGACUAAGAUUCUUUUUCAUGAACCAUUACUAUAGAUAAACACUGCCAAGCCCUAUGAGCUAUAGAAUGCAGAGAUUAAGUAUCUAUCCCUCAUAUUAAGUAAUUUAGUUUAAUACAUUUAUAAUUUAAUUAUAGACGAUUAUGUAGAA